AUGGAUAGAGCCCGAAUACCCUUGUUGGCGAAGUCUGUGAAAGAUCGAACUACUCUGUUUCAUGGGGGUGCUGACCCUUGGGCGGCUCGUAGCUGGUUGAAGAACUUGGAGGACACAUUUUGGUACAUGAAGCGUACAGAUGAAGAGAAGGUGGAGUUGGCUGCAUAUCAUCUUCGGGAUCAAGCCGUCACUUGGUGGGACAUGCAGAAGUCGAUCUUUGGGGAACAACGUAUCACGUGGCAGAUGUACCGGGAGGCAUUUGAGAGACAGUAUUUUCCGGUUACAUUUUGUCUAUCCCGUCGUCAGGAGUUUCUGAGCCUCAAGCAAGGCGACCGUUCGGUGAUGGAGUAUAAUGCAGAAUUCAGUAGAUUGGCCGAGUUUUGUCCUCAUCUGGUGGCUCAGGAUUAUGAUCGGAUGUAUCAGUUUACUCAGGGACUGGCGGCAUACAUACGACUCAAGAUGUCCGGAUUUCCCCAAGAAAGAGAAAAGAGGGCAAAGCUCACAGGUUACUUCAGGAGGGUCCUCUCCACCUCAGAAGACAAGGCGAACCUCGGAUGGGGGUUCUCGUUCCUCUCAGCGAGACCGGAAGAAUAA